AUGUCCCUCAUCUGUAUCCCCCUCACCCCGCACCCUUCUUCCUCCAUUCCUCUUUCUCCACUCCUCCCCCACUUCCUUCUCAAGUCACCAAAUCUCGCCACCUUACUCCUCACGUUUACCCCCAACGCUGGCGGCCGCAGCAGCGGACUGUUCCUGAGCCGCAGCAACCCACGAGCGGAGCACGCCCUCUUCCUGCAACCCCCUCCUCCCCCACCCACCCUUCCAGGCCAUCACAUUACCACACCCUAUUCCCCUCCCCCCUCAGCGCUGGCAGCAGCAGCAGCGGACUGCUCCUGUGCCACAGCAACCCACGAGCGGAGCAUCCCCCUCUUCCUGCAACCCCCUCCCCCACCCACCCUUCCAGGCCAUCAGAUAACCACACCCUACUCCCCUCCCCCCUCAGCACUGGCAGCAGCAGCAGCAGCAGCAGUGGACUGCUCCUGCUCCGCAGCAGCAACCAGGGGACAAAGCCCCAAGCGCCCAUCCUGA